AUGGAGCAGAGAAGUGAAGGGCCUGGAACUGAUGAAAGCGGGCGGCCGCCGGGCCCCGACUCCUCGCUGGAGCCCUACGUGCAGACCCGCAUCUUCAAGAUCAUCGUCAUCGGCGAUUCCAACGUGGGCAAGACCUGCCUGACCUUCCGCUUCUGCGGGGGCACCUUCCCCGAGAAGACGGAGGCCACCAUCGGUGUGGACUUCCGGGAGAAGACGGUGGAGAUCGAGGGGGAGCGCAUCAAGGUGCAGGUGUGGGACACAGCUGGCCAGGAGAGGUUUCGCAAGAGCAUGGUAGAACACUACUACCGCAACGUGCACGCCGUGGUCUUCGUUUACGACGUCACAAAGAUGACAUCCUUCACCAACCUCAAGAUGUGGAUUGAGGAGUGCAAUGGGCAUGCGGUGCCCCCUCUGGUGCCCAAGGUGCUGGUUGGGAACAAGUGUGACUUAAAGGAACUGAUCCAGGUGCCCUCCAGCAUGGCCCUGAAGUUUGCCGAUGCUCACAACAUGCUGCUCUUCGAGACCUCGGCCAAGGACCCUCAGGAGAGCCAGAACGUGGAGUCCAUCUUCAUGUGCCUGGCCUGCCGGCUCAAGGCCCAGAAGUCGCUGCUCUACCGAGACGUGGAGAGGCAGCCGAGCAGGGCACAGAAACUGGAGCCGCCGCACAACGCCCACGGUAAAACCUCCUGCCCGUGCUGAGCGCGGCGGCGCCUCCCUGUUUCCAAUAAAGUCUCUG